AGUCGGUCUGGUAGGAGCUGCCGAGGGGACAGAGAGCGGUGUUGUUUUGAAUUUGCUAGAAAACACCGACUGGAGGGGGGUAGGGCCUGUGUAUAAGAUGGCGGAUGUAGAAGGCGAUGAAACUCGGUCGGCUCUACCUUCGGCAUCCCGUAACGGACCCGUCGUGGGCUCGGCAGUCGGCACCGCGGGCCACAACACAACCACGGUGACGUCCGGUCCGCGGGUGGUGAGGAUCGUCAAGUCGGAGUCCGGCUACGGGUUCAACGUCCGCGGUCAAGUCAGCGAAGGAGGACAACUGCGAAGCAUCAAUGGGGAAUUGUACGCUCCCCUCCAGCAUGUCAGCGCUGUUUUACCCGGAGGAGCGGCUGAUCGAGCUGGCAUAUCUAAGGGUGACAGGAUCCUAGAGGUGAAUGGGGUGAGUGUUGAGGGUGCCACCCAUAAGCAGGUGGUGGACCUGAUCCGAGCCGGGGAGAGGGAGCUGGUCCUAGCUGUGCUAUCUGUGCCGCCGCAGGAAGCUGACGGAUUAGAAGGAGGGGAGGAUGGCUCGGUCCAGCCCAACUAUGACUACAGUGACAAGCAGGCCGUGCCCAUAUCCAUCCCCACCUACAAACAUGUUGAGCAGCACUCCGAGAGGUUUGUGGUGUAUAACGUGUACAUGUCAGGCAGACAGCUGUGCUCAAAGCGCUACCGUGAGUUUGCCAUCCUGCAUCAAAACCUAAAGAGGGAGUUUUCCACCUACGGCUUCCCCAAGCUGCCUGGCAAAUGGCCCUUCUCUCUCUCUGAACAGCAGCUGGAUGCUCGGCGUAGAGGCCUUGAGGAGUACCUUGAGAGAGUGUGCUCUGUGCGGGUGAUUGGUGAGAGUGACAUAAUGCAGGAGUUCCUCUCUGAAUCAGAUGAGAACUACAACGGCGUGACAGAUGUUGAACUGCGGAUAGCUCUGCCAGACAAGACCACCAUCUCUGUCAGAGUCCGCAAGAAUAGCACCACGGACCAAGUCUACCAGGCCUUGGUGAUGAAGGUUGGAAUGGACAGUAUUAUGGCCAGCUACUUUGCCCUUUUUGAGGUUAUCAACCACUCCUUUGUGCGGAAGCUGGCACCCAACGAGUUCCCCCACAAGCUUUAUGUGCAGAACUACACAUCAGCAGUGCCGGGGACAUGCCUGGCUCUCCGCAAAUGGCUGUUCAGCUCCCAGGAGGAGGAGCUGCUCAGAGACAACCCGCUGGCCCUGCACUACUGCUUCCACCAGGCACUGGAUGAUGUGAAGAAGGGAUUCAUAAAAACAGAGGACAAAUCCUACCAGCUGCAGAAACUGGCAGAGCAGCGCAAGAUGGCAACGUACCUGAACCUCUUGCGGUCGUGUGAAGGCUACAAUGAGGUGAUGUUUCCCCACUGCUCCUGCGACUCCAGAAGGAAGGGACACGUUAUCACAGCUAUCAGCAUCCAUCACUUCAAGCUUCACGCUUGCACCGAGGACGGCACACUGGAGAACCAGGUGAUAGCUUUUGAGUGGGGCGAGAUGCAGCGCUGGGAUACUGACGAGGAGGGCAUGGCCUUCUGCUUUGAGUACGCCAGGGGAGAGAAGAAACCUCGCUGGGUCAAGAUCUUUACUCCAUAUUUUAACUACAUGCACGAGUGCUUCGAGCGGGUCUUUUGUGAGCUGAAGUGGAGGAAACAGGUUGAGGAAGAGGCAUCUGACAAAGACAACAAGAACUGCAGUAACAAUGACUAUCUGCCUCCUCUGGAGACACAGCAGAAGGGAUGGCGCCACCUAGGGGGCGAGAUUGCAACCUCCUAAAAACCCUGGUCAUCAUCCUAACUAGAAUUGGUUCCACUCACAUCAUCACCACCCCAGAGAGCGCCCAUCGAAAAACACAGCACUGAGUGACAGACUGAGGCCAUCCAAGCCCCGAAACAAACUGGAAGUGACCAAUUUGCAAAAUUGGGAAAGUCACACACACCAAACCCAGGGAUACAUACAGCAGGAAAAGCAAUGAAGGAAAAUAAACAAAAGCAAACUUUCAUGUCAUUUACUAGAUGUCCAUAGUGUGUCUACUGUUUUCCUCCAUGCAUCAGCCCUCAGAUGUCGGGCAGGACUCUAGCGAAUUCUGCAGCCCUACUGGUUGAUGAGAUGUAACAAUACAGCGUGUGAUUGGUCAAGGGUACGGCAGCGCUAUGACAUCAUUUGCACAGAAGGAGCACCUUGAUUACCCGACCAGCAACUGAAACGCCACACGGGUGAGGGAACCGCCUCUGUGAUGCGAUUGUGACAGCCAGUUCUGCAACGUGAUCGGUUCAGGCCCAGUGUGCCUCUGGUCUGCUGAACUGAGAUGUGAUGCUGGAGAGGAGGAGGAGGAGGAGGAGGAGGAGGAGGAGAUGGGUGGGGAGGGGGGGAUAUAGGAAAAUUGAGAUUUCACUACAUUCACAGGCAGUGAUACCGAGGGAAAGCAAAACAUGCUUUACACUGAUGCUGGACAUUAAAACAAAGGUUAUGUUUUCUGUCUGUUGGUUCAGAAGUAUUCUGUCUUUUGUCAAAAAAAAGCAUAGGCAACACAAGUGUAACUUACUGGAAACUGAUAAGGACAACGUGUUCAUGGUUAUGUCUAUGUUUAACAAUCUUACUUAUGAUAUUGUAGAGAUUAAUAUAAGAGCUAUGAUAAUUGUUUUCUUGAUCUAACCGAAUGAAACGCUAACUGAACUACAUUCAGGCGGCUCCAUUUACUCAUUUUUCACCUUGUCUUACUGGGCUGACGUACACUACUCCAGAGAGAUGCCUGUUGGCAGUCUACCACCCAGCACUAUCAGUAUUUAUUCCCCUUGGAAGUGUUUUACUGUGGUGAUUCAGCAGAGCUCAGAAGUUGAUAGGAAAUGGUGUUCUCCGUUGAAGCGUCUUCCGUCAACCCCCCGAUGUACAGGGAAGACCUCUUGAACAAAACUUGUUGGGCACUGAUGUCCCUGAAACAUCACACGUUCUGUAUGUGGCGUUUGGCUGACAAAUUGGGGGUUUGGGUGUUUUAUAUGUCGUCUAUUGAUCUGCAGUUCCCCCGAGCAGGCAGCAGAGGGCAGUAGAGUGUUAUAGACUUUUUAAUUGUUAAGUAUGGAGCAGAAACUGGGGAAUGUUUUAGGAGCUUCUUGGAGAGUGCUCCCCCGGGCUCUGUAACUCACCCACCAAGUAUCACUCCUCUGCAGUUUGUCCAUUAACCGUGUCAGGAGGACAGAUGGUGUGCAAACGUGUGUGUGAGCGGGCGUGUGUGUGUGUGUGUUUGUUUGUGUGUUGUUUAGAGAGCAGCCAGAAAAUGCAUUAACUUGUGACUGAGAUCACAGCCUGCAGCAUGGAUAGCCAUGCAGGUAGCUGUUUGUCACUUUCUGAACUUGAGAGGAGACAGUAUUAGCUGUGUGUGUGUGUGUGUGUGUGUGUGUGUGUGUGUGUGUGCAUUAUUAUAGUUUUCUGAUAAACAUAGCUUUUUCUCUUCUUGGGUACCUUUGAGUCUAGGUUGAGCUCCCAUUUUCUGCGUUCUACAAGCAUAAAAAUUCAGAUUUUAUCCUUAUAUUAUUUGUUUGCUUUUCACUAGACAUGCCUGCACAGAGUGUACUAGAUAUUGCAGUUUUGUGUAAGCCUGCAUAAUGAAAGAAAGCUGAAUCUGGAUGGAUGUAAAUGUCUUGAAUUCUGUUUAAUUCAAUACAGCUCUGUUUAUCUGACAAAGGGCUGUUAGUGGACCUUGACUGACUCAUUUACUAGAUGAUUCUCCUGCUCCAGUGUCAUUCAGGCAAUGACCCCCCACCCCACCCCACCCAAACAAAAAACAAACAAAAAAAUGAAAUGGAAAAUAAUUCAGAUUUAUUUUUAUUUACAUCAGUUUUGGAAACACAGUUUUAAGUUUCACUACAGUUAAAACACUUUUUGAAUAUAGAUUUGUUUUCUUUUAAACACUUAUCCAUAAUUUUAUCUAGUCAAUUAUGAUAACCUUGGAGUAUGCUGUGUUAUAUGUGUGUGUGUGUGUGUCUCCUUGACAUUGCUGGUAAGGUGUUCAACUCUGAUUGGGACGUGUCUGAUGAGCUGUCAGUGUGAGCGGCAGCAGAUUAAGAUGCAGCUCUGUGUUUGUGUGACAGGGGAGACAGUGGGCAGAUGGAGACAAAUGGGAGACAUUUCCCUUCCUCUAGCUAAUAUUCACAGCCUCUCGCAUGCUCUUUUUAGUAUGGCACCCACACACGCACACACACACACACACACACACACACACACACACACACACACACACACACACACAUACACACACUCAUCCCUGCUUCAUCUUUGGGUUUUAGGGGAUAUUUACCAAAGUGUGUCAGAUCCAAGUUAGUCAUUGUUUGUUUCAACUGUGGAGCAGCAUCAGAAACACAUUAAAGCAAUACAUACCAUUCAGUUGUAGCAUGCUUUGCGAUUCUCUCACACUCACACACACACACACACAUAUACACACACACACACACACACAGCUGAUAACUGCAUUGUGACAUGAGCGCUGUGUGUGCAAGGUGCGGUUGGAUGGUCAGUCUGACAGGCGGAGUAAUAGCCAUUUUAGAGAUGGAUGGCAUACGAAUUGGAGGUGCUCGACCGUGACUUUUUUUUUUUGUACGAGUCUUAGGGAGAGAGACAGAGAUAGAGAUAGUGUUUUGUCAGUAUCCUCUGCUCCUGCUCUCCAGGUUGGUCUCCCAUCAGCGCCAGGGGGAUGUGGUUGCCGUGGCAGCACCACUUCUGGCUCCACACGCACCGUACAGCAGCUUGUGUUCCUUGUCCUGUCAGCCCGACUGACUCAUUCACUCCUAAUAAUGUAUUCAAAGCAGUGUUUUUACUAUUUGGUGUAUUAUUUUUUUUUCUUUCUUCUUCUUUCUGUCCUUGUGCUGUCCUUGGGCUUUGUGCUACUGUGAAUAAGCAUAAGAGAGCUUUUUUUUUUUUUUUUUUUUGCCCUUGUAUGUCCCUUGUCUUGAUGCUCAGUAUCCUUAACAGGUGUGUGUAAUUUCAGGUGUGCCCUAUUGAUGUCAUCAGUGGGUUAUUGUCAUAGUAACAACAUUCAGUGCAAGAGAGGUGGCAGGGAUGUUAAAAGGCACAUCUUUUAAUAUUAUUAUUAUUAUUGGGUUUUUUUCUUUGCAGUGUAUGCCGCUGCCUAUCUUUUGUGCGUUUGAGGCGCUGUACAGUGGCCUGGGCUUGUAAGCGAAUGAUGUUUUCCGAAAAGAAGAAUGUAUUCCUAAAGGCUCCCGUUUCAGUGUAUUAAGUGGUGUUGACAUGGCCACUCAGUCAGUCUCUUUUCUUUUUUAGAGAGCGGACUUGACACCCUUGAUUCAGUCACCCCCCAAAACGUUAAUCUUAACAACAGCAGCUUUUUGUGUAGACUUGAUGUUCGUCAACCUUCUUGAGCGCACAUCCCAGCUUAGUGAGUAGUUAAUCUAUACAGGCUUUUCUAUUUGAGCUGACGAUUAGUCAUACGUGACUAACAUGGAGGGCGGAAGUGAAGUGCUGUUCAAAAAGUGUUAGCCUUUGUAUAGGCAUGUAAUUAAUUUCUAUUUCUAUUCCUUGCUCAGAGACACAGGGCUUCUCCAUCAUGCAAGUAGGCAGUGAUGUUGAUUUAACAAAAAAAAAAAAAGAAAAAAACCUAAGCCUUGUUUGUCUGUCUUCAGCAUUACUUGUAAAUUAUUGUUUGAAAAAAAAAAGAAAAGAAAAGAAAAAAAAGAGUAUAUCCUUUUGGACAGAAUGCACUCUUGUUUCUCUGACACAAAACUUUUAAUUUAUUUCAGCAGAAGUUAUAAAGAUAGGUGAAAUUAUAGUGUUAAUCGCUAUAGGGCCACUGUCCAUCAUUAAUUUUGUCUGUGUGUGUGGGAGGGGCGGCUGUAUGGGGAGGGAUUAGCUAACCACACAUUUUUGAGACGAGCUAUGUAAAACAGAGACAGUGUUGCAUUUCCACAGCAGUCUAAAGACAAGAAUUAACAACUGACGCAGGAAACUACAAAAUGGAGAGUUUUAUAUCUGAAAAAAAAAAAUACAAAUGAAGGUUUACUAACCAA